AUGAGUACUUUCGGUAUAAUUUUUCGGGUGACAACUUACGGUGAAUCACAUGGCAAGUCUGUCGGGUGUAUAGUGGAUAAUUGUCCACCUGGGUUACCUCUUGUCGAAAGUGACAUACAACCUCAACUUAGUAGGAGACGACCUGGUCAAAGCAAUUUAACAACACCGCGCGACGAAAAAGAUUUGGUUGCCAUACAAUCAGGAACAGAAUUUGGAAUUACUCUCGGAACUCCGAUCGGAUUAAUAGUUCCUAACCAAGAUCAGCGUCCUCAUGAUUAUUCAGAGACGGAUUUUUAUCCUAGACCUAGUCACGCUGAUUGGACUUAUCUUCAAAAAUAUGGUGUGAAGGCUAGUAGUGGGGGUGGAAGAGCAUCAGCCAGAGAAACAGUUGGGCGCGUAGCUGCCGGGGCUAUUGCAGAGAAAUACCUUAAACUUGCAUAUGGAAUUGAAUUUGUUGCUUUUGUAUCUUCAGUUUCAAAUAUUACAAUGCCUUUUAUUCAAUAUGAAAAUGAGGAAAGAGUUUUCCCACAAGAUUUCUGGGAUUUUUUAAAUAAUAUAACCAGGGAUGAAGUUGAUAAAGAUCUUGUGCGAUGUCCUGAUAAAGAAACUUCAGAAAAGAUGAAAGAGCGUAUUCUUUUAGCUAAAGAUGCUAAGGACUCAGUAGGAGGAACUGUUACAUGUAUUAUUCGUAAUGUACCUCCGGGGUUAGGUGAACCAUGUUUCGAUAAAUUAGAAGCAAAACUUGCACACGCUAUGCUAUCGAUUCCAGCUACUAAAGGAUUUGAUAUUGGAAGUGGUUUCAAAGGAACCACCUUAUUAGGUCAUCAACAUAAUGAUCCUUGGGUAAAAAAAAACGAAAAAGGUAUAUUAGGGACUAAAACCAAUAAUUCGGGAGGGAUUCAGGGUGGUAUUACGAAUGGUGAAAAUAUUUAUUUUCGUGUUGCCUUCAAACCACCGGCUACUAUCUCUCAAGAACAAGAGACAGCAACAUAUGAUGGUAAAGAUGGAAUACUUGCUGCAAGAGGUCGUCAUGAUCCUUGUGUAGUGCCACGUGCAGUUCCAAUUGUUGAAUCUAUGGCUGCCUUGGUUAUUAUGGAUGCUCUUAUGAUUCAGAAAUCAAGACAAGCUACAGCUUCGUUAUUACCUCCAAUAACUAAUCUUCCACCUACCAUGUCGGGAGCUGUACAAAAUAAUUUUAAAAGCAAAUAA